AUGGAUAAAAAACCAUGCAACUCCCAGGAAGCCGAAGUGAGGAAAGGGCCAUGGACCAUGGAAGAAGACUUGAUUCUGAUCAACUACAUCGCUAAUCACGGUGAAGGUGUUUGGAACACACUGGCCCGAUCUGCUGGUCUGAAACGUACCGGAAAAAGUUGUCGUCUCCGGUGGCUGAACUACCUCCGACCAGACGUUAGGAGGGGAAAUAUUACACCAGAAGAGCAACUAUUGAUUAUGGAACUUCAUGCUAAGUGGGGAAACAGGUGGUCGAAAAUUGCAAAGCAUCUGCCAGGAAGAACCGAUAACGAAAUAAAGAAUUUCUGGAGGACAAGGAUUCAAAAGCAUAUGAAGCAAGCAGAAACAUUCACUGGACAAAUUUCAGAGCAAAAUGAUGAUCAUCAUCAUCAAGCAAGCACAAGCCAGUUGUGUGGUGGUGGUGGUGUUGUAGAUGCAGUAGUUGAAACCUACUCUCCCUCCUCUUACCCAGGAAAUGAUUUGGAGACUUUCCCAGGUCCGUUUCCAACUGAAUCAAACGACAACAUCUGGUGCAUGGAGGAUCUCUGGUCUAUGCAAUUACUUAAUGGAGAUUAA